AUGGGAAACUUUAUUGGUCAUGUGUACCCUGGGCUGUUUCUUGUCUUAUAUGGACUGCAUCAGGCAAUAGUUGUCUCCAAAGCUGUGAUAUUCAAUGACUCUCUCCUGUGUACUUCAUGCCCUCCUAGGAAUAAGGGGAGAUGGGCCAUACUGUGGAAAAUAUCCUAUGGAGGAUUGUUGAAGAUGGUGACUGGCUCCCUCUUGAUAGUUUAUGAGAUCCGCUGCAUUAAAGGAAGGUUGAUACUGAUGAACAGGGACAUGCCACCAAGGUUUAUGUAUCCCAAAGAAUGGCAGCACCUCACCAUGUUCAUCCUCCUUACCAUCAACGGCUGUGUAGACAUCCUAAGCAAGAACUUGCUGCCUCAGAGGUGUGUGGUCCUGGAGCUUGGUGUCCGGAUCCUGACCUUCUACGUGCUUCUGCUGCUGUUGGUGUCACAUACUCAGGGCACAGCAGGGGUGGAGCUGCAGGUCCACUCUCUGCUCAUCUUGGUGGUGUUCCUGCUGAUGCUGGUGUUGACUGCAGAGCUGUGGGCUCCUGGCAUGUUUCAUCUCUGGCUGAUCGAGACCUUUCUGUUUCUGAUGAUGGGCUCCUGGCUGAUGCAGGCAGGCUUUAUUCUGUUUAAACCAGUCUCGAGCUACCCAUGGCAGGACGAUGACAUGAGUGACAUCAUGUUUGUCACCACCUUCUUCUGCUGGCAUGUGAUGAUCAACGCCCUAUGCUUUUUAGGGAUCUAUGGCUUCUCUUCCUUUUGGUAUCGUUGUUACAGUCCUAGCUUGAAGCUGAUGAAGUACAAAGAAGCGCCAUAUCACACCAACCCUCCAGGACCCCUCUAUAAGUUGCUGCAGGAAGUGGAGCAGGAAGUGGAGAAAGAUGACCAGGCUCUCCUACUUACAACGAGCUCACCCUGA